AUGGCGACUCACCGUCACCAGUCCUCUCUAGAAGGGGUUCUGGACUUCUCAGUGCCUUUAUCCUUAACCCGAGAACAGCAUGAGUCGGCAAGGAACCUAGUGAUCAGGCUUGUACGGCAUUAUGGUUCCGAGAAGACCGUUCGGAAGGGCUAUCGGCCUGCGGCACUUAUCCAAGCUACUCUUGAGCACGUUACAUCGCCGGAUACCUUUAUGACUUUUUUUCUCUCAUACGUCUAUGAGGACCUAUGUUCGGAUGUAGAAAAUGGCGUUGAUUUCGAUAUUACUCACGCCUUGGUAUUCUUCGAGAGAUUUUCUUUAUGGAUCCCUGAACGAAUCAAUAAGCUUCACGAAGGCCUAGAAAAUUUUGCUGAGUAUAUCGUUGAAAAUUUCCUCCUUCCCCUUAGAGCAUCAUCAGUCAAGACACCACAACCAACGCCUACGUCGUUAUCAUCGCUACAGAGCCCAAAGCCGACCGGAACGAGGCAGCGUGUAUCUGCGUUACGACAUAACUGUCUUAUACGCGACCGCCACCGCUGUGUAGUGUCUCGGAAAUUCGAUAGAGUAGCAGCCAGAGAACGUUUCGCUGAGAAUGCGGAAUCUUGUGCAGACGAUGACGGGAAUCUGUUAAAGAAUAAAUCCAGCGAUCAAUUUCAAUUCUUAGAGGUUGCCUACAUUCUCCCUUAUUGUCUGACGACGGUAGCAUCUAGUGAAUCUGAUUUAGUAUGUCCGAUUGUUAGUAUUGGUAUUUUGACGGUGCUAAUGUUAUGCCUAGAGCGAUUCAAAAAAAAUGCUCUUCGGAUCUUGGAUAUGUUCGAUCCAGGAAUAAUCUAUCUUAUUGAUGGACCAAAAAUCGACAGUCCCACUAACGCCCUCACUCUGACGCUGGACUACCACCGGCUGUUCGGCGAAUUCCAGAUCUAUUUUGAACGCACUGGCACACGACACCAGUAUAGGAUUGACUCGACAGAACGCAGCCCUUUCUUACGUGACCCCUUGUUUCCCUCCCAAUCGCACGGUAGAUCCUCCAUCCCCCGGCUUCUCGAUGUUCACCGCGCCAUUGCACUUAUUAUGAAACUUAGCGGCGCUAGCGAAUAUAUUGAGCGAGUUCUUCGUGACAUAGAGGAGCUGGAUGUCAAAGAAGAUGGAUCGACACAUUUGGGACAUCUUGCAGGCUUACGACUCAGCGGGUGGUUAGAUACCCUAUCAGUGCAUUAA